GGGAAAUGACAAGGAAGUUGUUCUAUAUGACCCGUCAAUCAUUGUGCUGUAUAUAACGAGGAGCAAUUCUAUUUCAUCUACCAAAAGGAGCAAGUGAUCUGGGAUUUAUACAUAUUACAGGAAGGCGGGAACCAUCACUGGUUCAAUUAACGAAAGCAACAAAUACAAAAGGAAAAUGGAUAGAGGCAAUAAUGAUCACUUAGUGAGGUCGAUGAGCCAGGUGUUGCAUAGCUUAAGGUUUGAGCUAUCAUCGUCAAGCUGUAUCUACCGAGUUCCUAAGCGACUACGGCGUGCAAGUGAAAAUGCUUACACACCUCAAGUGGUCUCUAUAGGCCCACUUCACCAUGGCAAGGAAGGCUUAAAACCCAUGGAAGAGCUCAAAAAUAGGUACCUAAAAGCUUUUCUACGUCGGACCCAGGUAACCUUAGAGGAUUAUGUAGCUCAAAUAAAGGCAAAAGAAGUAGAUCUGCGCAGCUGUUAUGCAGAGACCAUUGAUUUAAAUAGUGAUGAAUUUGUUAGAAUUGUUCUAGUGGACGCCGCCUUCGUCAUUGAGGUCUUAUUGAGGUUCAGUUUCCGUGACUGUCAAGAAGCAAAUGACCGCAUAUUUAGCAAACCAUUUAUGUUACAGGAUGUCUGGCCUGACAUGCGGAUGCUUGAAAAUCAGCUGCCGUUCUUUAUUCUUGACCAUCUUUUCGAACCACACAAGGCUACUCUCUCAAGGGGGCAGUCACUAAUUGAACUUUCUCACCACUUCUUCAAAACUCUAAUGCAUAUAGAUGUAGCAGAUGAAACUUUGAAGUCAAUAAAACCUCAUGAAGUAGUACAUUUUGUUGAUUUUGUUAGAAAGUUAUAUCCACUACCACCAUGGAAAUCACAACAUCGAGGGAAACGCGAAAUACCGGUCACCCCAACCAUGACACAGCUAUCCCGAGCAGGGAUCAGGUUUAAGGACGGAUCGAAAACAAAUAUGUUUGAUGUGAAGUUCGAAAAAGGGUUUCUAGCAAUGCCAAAACUCACAAUAAGUGAUCAAACAGAGGUUACAAUAACAAAUCUCAUUGCCUUUGAACAAAGUCAAUGCGAGGACCAGGAGAAGUACAUAAAUGAUUAUUUCUUCUUCUUAAACGGUCUUGUAAAAACCCCUCAGGAUGUUAAAUUGCUUGUUGAUCGUAGAAUUCUUGACAAUAAGCUAGGUGACAACAAAAAAGGCUGUGCUCUGAUUAAGAACCUCGUGGAUGGAGUGGUGGACUACUCCAAGGACUACUUCUAUUUCUUCACUCUUUGCGAUGACCUGAACAAGUACUACAAUAUGGGUCGUCACCAAUGGAAGGAAUACUUGGUCACGCACUUUUUCAACUCUCCUUGGGCAACUAAAGAAAUCAUUGCUGCAGUUAUUUUCCUCUUUCUCACUCUCAUACAGACUGUGUUCUCUAUCAUGUCUUACUGUCACGACCUCGGUAAGAGGUAAAUAGAGGUAACUUCAGUUCCUUGUUCGGGGGUGUCUCCCUGUUGUUUAUCACAGGAUCUUUGUAUUUUUGUUUAAGGGUAUCAAUCUAAUUGGUUUCUUCCAAAUUGUGGAUUAAUUUGUUUUCCAGUUUUUGUCA